CAACUCCUCCCCGCGUCAACUCCCCGAACGGCGUUGCGUUGGGAUCAGAGAGAUCGACGUCCUCUAAACUCCACGGAGUCCACGCAGUCUCAUUCUUAGGGAAGCCCGUGCAUAAGUAUCGUUAGUCUACCGUUAUCCUCCGGCCCGAAGCACUUGCACCUGUAGGCAUUCGUGCUGAGCGAAUCCAAGCCGCUGAGCAUCGCGCUUGCGAUCCAUCCCUUUCCAACAUUAGGCCACUAAACGGACACAGCACCUAACGAACAGGCGAUUCACCGCGAAGGAACCACCGAAGUGACUUCGCCGAUAUGACUCGUUGGUCGCUGGUGUGCUUGCACUGGGUGGAACAGGAUCAGUGAAAGCCAGGAUAGGAAAUGGCUGCGCCUCCGCGGAGGGAUGAUAGCCGCAUAAUCAUUCAUUUUGAUUAUGACUGUUUCUACGCUUCAGUCUUUGAGGCGGAGAAUCCCGUCCUAAAGUCGUUACCGUUGGCGGUGCAGCAGAAACAGAUCAUCGCUACUUGUAACUACGAAGCUCGACGGCGCGGCUUAAAAAAGCUACAGCUCGUCAGGGAAGCUAAACAGAUUUGUCCCGAAGUAGUGGUCGUACUUGGUGAGGAUCUCACGCGCUUUCGUGAUGCUUCCAAGGAGCUUCACGCCUUUCUCAGGUCGUUCAUCUGGGGUGAUCGCGUCGAGAAAUUGGGCUUUGACGAGGUAUUUUUAGAUGUCACCGAAAUGAUCGAGUACAACGUCGAAUUGCUCAAUGCUCACGACCUGUUGAACUCAUUCUUUCACCUUGACAAGCUGGACCCCACGGCGGGCUUCGCGUUUGAUGCCACGAAGUUCUCUGGCCCGACAUUUCCACCUUCGACAGAUACUCCGGCCCCUGCUGUAUCGUCUCUUGCCAAAGGAUUCGGCGAUCCACUCCGCCUGCGCCUUCUUCUUGCCUCCCAUCUGGCUCGGUAUCUCCGAAAUGAACUGGAGUAUCAGAAAGGUUACACUGCCUCUGUUGGCGUGUCUACUUCCAAAAUGCUGGCCAAACUGGCGGGGAAUGUCCAUAAGCCAAGCAGUCAGACGACACUUCUUCCGCCUUACCUUGCUACUGGACCCGACGAAGAGAGUAACGUCACUCGUUUCCUCGAUUCUCAUGAUAUCGGAAAGGUCCCUGGGAUCGGCUAUAAGCUUGCACAUAGACUCAGAGCUCAUAUUCUAUGCCAUGAUAGCGAUCUUGGCCCCCACGAGACACCAACUCCAUUAACUGACAACAAAGUCACAGUACACGAUGUCCGUUGCUUUCCCAAUAUGGGCCCUCUCUUGCUGGAGAAGAUUCUAGGUGGACCCGGGUCACCUAAAGACAUUGGUACAAAAGUGUGGGGACUUAUAAAUGGUGUUGACACCUCUGAAGUCAGUGCUGCGAGAGACAUCCCCACCCAAAUUAGUAUUGAAGACUCUUAUGGAACACUGGACACUUUCGACGCUGUCAAGAAAGCCCUCGUGUCACUUGCUGCUAGUUUGAUCCGUCGUGUGCGCACAGACUUGACCGAGGAAGGAAGAGACGAUGCCAUGCAACCUGAGGAGAACAAAUCCAGUUCUAUAAAAAGAAUACGGUGGCUCGCCCAUCCACGUACCCUGCGCCUGUCAACGCGCACCAGGUCCCCUCCGGACCUAAACGGCACCCGCAGUCACAUUUACAACAGGGUAUCUCGCUCGGGCCCCGUCCCUCAAUUUCUUUUCAAUCUCGAUGAUAACAUCGAUGCUCUCGCGGAACGACUUGUGCAUGAGAAUAUCCUCCCAAUGUUCCGCAAGCUACAUCCAGAAAGAGCUGACUGGCAUUUGAGCUUACUCAACAUAGCCGUCACUAACAUGGUCGAGACAGCUGGUGAGCACAAGCACAGUAGCGGUCGGGAUAUUGAAAAGAUGUUUCGACGACAGGAGACAGGUCUUCUUCGACCCUGGAAGGUGGCUGAUAGCGAUAUAAACCUCACCGAACAUGACGUCCAGGGCACCCCCACGGCGAGCUCAAAAUGGAAAGACGACAAGCUGGAUCCAACACACGAAUGUCCUCGCCCUCUUAGGGACUCCUCAACAGAUGUUGUCUUUACCGGCGAUAUGGCGGAUGGCGCCUGGGUGGACAGCGAUGGUGAAGACUCAACAUGGAGUGAACCAUGCAGAUUUUGUGGUGUUCUAAUUCCGCAUUUCGCCUCUGUGGCCCAUGAACUCUAUCAUACGGUUCCUGAGUGAAGAUUAAUUGGCAUUGUAUACCUUUCUAUACAGACAGACCAGUCGCAGGGGAUCCUCACAAACGAGCUUGGCUCUUCCGCUCAUUUUGUUGUCCCUCGGGGACAAGAGCUGCUUCCAUGGUCCCAGGAUUGCGCAAAGCGCUCGUGCCUGGUGUUCCCACUCUAGGUAUGACGAGGCGAUGGACUGAGUUUGUAUCAGCCAUGGAUAGUUACUCGGAGCGCUCCUUUACUCAUGGAUACACCAUCGCUUGGCCCCUCACUUUAGCACGGCAUCUGCAAACAUAAGGUAGGUUCUGGAUAUCCGGCACAGAUCCCGCAUGGAUCGCCGCACAGUCAAAUAUCUG